GCGCAUGCGCAGUUACAAAAUGCCCCAGCGCCAGAAGCGACGGUAUCAGUAGUUCGGGUCAAGCAGCCCAGUCAGCAGCACACACGUCGCUGUCUUUUAUUCCUUUUUCUUAAAUUAGCCACUUUAAGCUUCGCGAUACCGCCCCCAAUUUCAGCGUCGGUACGGAGCCGCCAGGCCGGGACAGAGUCGGAGAGAGAGGCCUCGGCAAUGGAAGCGCUCGGACCCGGCCCUCCUCCUGCCCCUCCCUCUCUGUUCCAGCCGCCACGGCGUCCCGGCCUUGGCACGGUGGGGAAACCCAUCCGUCUCCUGGCCAACCACUUCCAAGUGCAGAUUCCCAAGAUUGAUGUCUAUCACUAUGAUAUCGACAUCAAGCCUGAGAAACGGCCACGGAGGGUCAACAGGGAGGUGGUGGACACCAUGGUGCGGCACUUCAAGAUGCAGAUCUUUGGAGAUCGACAGCCUGGUUAUGAUGGGAAGAGGAACAUGUAUACAGCACAUCCACUGCCAAUCGGGAGAGACAGGGUGGACCUGGAGGUGACCCUACCUGGCGAAGGGAAAGAUCAGACGUUUAAGGUGUCCUUGCAAUGGGUGUCUGUUGUCAGUCUUCAGAUGCUGCUGGAAGCAUUGUCCGGUCACCUGAACGAGGUCCCGGAGGACUCCGUUCAGGCCCUGGAUGUUAUCACACGGCAUCUCCCUUCCAUGAGAUACACUCCGGUGGGCCGUUCAUUCUUCUCCCCUCCUGAGGGCUACUACCAUCCUCUGGGCGGAGGCAGGGAGGUGUGGUUUGGUUUCCAUCAGUCCGUCCGUCCUGCCAUGUGGAACAUGAUGCUCAACAUCGAUGUGUCGGCCACUGCUUUCUACCGUGCUCAGCCUGUGAUUGAGUUCAUGUGCGAGGUGUUGGAUAUACAGAACAUCAAUGAACAGACCAAACCUUUGACUGACUCGCAGCGGGUCAAAUUCACCAAGGAAAUAAGAGACGUCUCUCGUGUUGGAGCCAUGAAUCAUGUCAGUCCACCUGGUGCAACAGCUAUCCAAGGCUUGAAAGUGGAGGUGACACACUGUGGUCAGAUGAAAAGGAAGUACCGGGUGUGCAAUGUCACUCGCCGACCAGCCAGCCACCAAACGUUCCCCUUGCAACUCGAGAACGGCCAGGCCAUGGAGUGCACCGUCGCUCAGUAUUUCAAGCAGAAGUAUAAUCUGCAGCUCAAGUAUCCACAUUUACCCUGUCUGCAAGUAGGGCAGGAACAGAAGCACACUUACUUGCCCCUAGAGGUCUGUAACAUAGUUGCAGGCCAACGCUGCAUCAAGAAACUGACCGACAACCAAACAUCCACCAUGAUCAAAGCUACAGCUCGCUCUGCCCCUGACAGACAGGAAGAGAUCAGCAGAUUGGUCAAAAGCAACAGCAUGGUUGGGGGCCCGGACCCAUAUCUGAAGGAAUUUGGCAUUGUGGUUCACAAUGACAUGACCGAGGUUACAGGGCGUGUGCUCCCAGCGCCCAUGCUUCAGUAUGGGGGCCGGGUGAGUACAGAUACAGGGAGAGACUGUGGCAGGGGACUCUCGCCGCAGAAUAAAACGGUGGCCACGCCCAAUCAGGGCGUGUGGGACAUGAGAGGCAAGCAGUUCUACGCCGGCAUCGAGAUCAAGGUCUGGGCGGUGGCCUGCUUUGCGCCACAGAAACAGUGCAGAGAAGACCUGCUCAAGAGCUUCACUGAUCAACUGCGUAAGAUCUCAAAGGACGCCGGGAUGCCUAUUCAAGGCCAGCCAUGUUUUUGUAAAUACGCCCAGGGAGCGGACAGCGUGGAGCCCAUGUUUAAGCACCUCAAGAUGUCUUAUGUCGGUCUGCAGCUUAUUGUGGUCAUCCUGCCUGGCAAAACACCCGUCUAUGCUGAGGUGAAGCGGGUGGGCGACACUCUCCUCGGCAUGGCCACCCAGUGUGUCCAGGUGAAGAACGUAGUCAAGACCUCCCCCCAAACUCUCUCCAACCUCUGCCUCAAAAUCAAUGCCAAGUUAGGAGGCAUCAACAACGUCCUGGUGCCUCACCAGAGGCCCUCCGUGUUCCAGCAGCCUGUCAUCUUCCUGGGUGCAGAUGUCACGCAUCCUCCAGCGGGUGACGGGAAGAAGCCGUCCAUUGCGGCGGUGGUGGGCAGCAUGGACGGCCACCCCAGCCGUUAUUGUGCUACAGUGCGAGUCCAGACGUCCCGGCAAGACAUGUCCCAGGAGCAACUCUUCAGUCAGGAGGUCAUUCAAGAUCUGACCAACAUGGUGCGGGAGCUGCUGAUCCAAUUUUACAAGUCCACACGCUUCAAGCCUACACGCAUCAUUUAUUACCGCGGUGGCGUUUCCGAGGGCCAGAUGAAACAGGUAGCGUGGCCAGAGCUUAUAGCCAUCAGGAAGGCAUGCAUCAGUCUGGAGGAGGACUACCGGCCCGGCAUCACCUACAUUGUGGUUCAGAAACGUCACCACACCCGACUUUUCUGUUCCGAUAAGGCUGAGAGGGUUGGGAAGAGUGGUAACGUACCAGCUGGCACCACAGUGGACAGCACCAUUACACAUCCGUCCGAGUUUGACUUCUACCUGUGCAGCCAUGCUGGGAUUCAGGGAACCAGUCGUCCGUCUCACUACCACGUCUUGUGGGAUGACAACUGUUUCACUGCCGACGAACUGCAGCUCCUCACCUACCAGCUGUGCCACACUUACGUCCGCUGCACGCGCUCAGUCUCCAUCCCGGCGCCGGCCUACUACGCCAGGCUGGUGGCCUUCCGUGCCCGAUACCAUCUGGUGGACAAAGACCACGACAGUGCUGAGGGCAGCCAUGUGUCCGGCCAGAGCAACGGCCGCGACCCUCAAGCUUUGGCCAAGGCGGUCCAGAUCCACUACGACACCCAGCACACCAUGUACUUCGCCUGACCAGGCCAGUCCUCCAUCCUCUUAUCAUUUCCUUGCCAGUCUUUCCUUCUUGUCUUUUUAUUUUAUUUCAUUUCAUUCAUUUUUCCGAAAUCUUCACCAAAGCGGCUCUUUGACGGGAUCCGACGUCCAGUAGCUUUAUAAACGGAACGAGCUCCAACGUUCCCCCGUCGAGCCGCCUCUCUAACCAGCAAUCUUAAGCACUGCGAACCCUGAGGUUUUUUCCCCACGCACAGAAGAAAACGAACAACACGCAUACUACUAGUUGAGCCAUUCAUUUCUUUUCAUUUUAAUUUUUUCUAUCUGAAUGUCUGCACUCGUGUUUUGAACAUACACUGAGCGACGAAGGGUGUGUCCCAGCACCUCUUUUUCGCCCUCCCAGCUAAGCAGGACUCUGAUCUACUUUUACCUCAAAGCCUACCAGGGCAAAAUCUGUCACAAGGUCUUGGGUUUUAUCGGGUGGGGGGUUGGGGGGACUCCACGAAGCGAUGGAGGGGACGCGGGGGUGGGUCGACCUUUUGAGAAUGAAAUAUAUAAAUAUAUAUUAUAUUUUUUUCCUUUUUACGAGCGUGUGUUUUAACCUUUUUCCUCCUUCAGUCUUUUACAAAUGAGGUGACCUGGGUGUUCAUACCCGCUACUACUUUCCCUCCCGCCUUUUAUGAAAGUGUGUGUUUGUUUGUGUGUGUGUGUGUGUGUGUGUGUGAGAGAGAAUCUCUGUAUAUACAUUUUUGUUGUGCGUGCACGUGCUUUCAUGGCAGGCCACUGAAUUGCAAAGGGACAUUGAGGAGAUAACUGCUGUAAAUGCCUCAGAUUUGUUGUUUUUUGUUUUGUUUUUCUAUUCACACAUACAGUACAUAUAAAUGUAUAUUUACAUCUCCAGAGCAGCUUUUGAGAGACUUUAAACGGGGCUUCAUGGAGGACGUGAGGUGGUGAUUUCCAGCGGUCCCGGGUCACUUGUACGUUUUUUUUUGUUUUUUUAUUAUUAUGAUCGGCGAUGUUUGGCUUGUUCAUGUGUUGCGUGGUUGAAGGCAUUAAACUUAGCGUUUUCUUUGGAUAUUUUAGUAUCCAAACAGAUUUUAUAUUAAAAAAAAAACAGUUUGUUUUGUAAUUCAAGGACCGCAACCCAGUUUUUUUCCUUUUUGUACAGUCGCACCGGCCAAUUCACUGCACUGACCCGGGACGCUCGGCAAGCAACAGAGGGCACUCUUAUUACCUUUAUGCAUUUAUACAUACGGAUCAACAAAGCAGAUUUGUAAAGUUUUAAUAUAAGAUGUUUUGUGGUUAUCUUUAAAGAAGAAGAAGAAAAAAAAAAAGAAAAAACCUGUUUCGGAAUUUUUUUCCGUGCUAUCGUUAACGUCGUCCGUGUUGUGACUCUUGUGAUUUUUGGAAUUUUUCCCGAAGUAACUUUUCAUUGGCUGCAGGUGGAGGUUUUUUUUUUGUUGUAGCAUCCAAGCUAACGGCGUCAGAUUGUGGGCUUUUGUGUAGCACUCCGGAGUGACCCGUGUGUGUGUGUGUGUGUGUGUGUGUGUGUGUGUGUGUGUGUGUGUGUGUGUGCGUGCGUGCGUGCGUGCGUGCGUGCGUGCGUGUGUGUCACUCUGUUGGUUUUGACCAGAUAGAUGGAGACAAUCAGGGAUCGUAAUUGUUGGGCUGAUUUGAUUUUCAAGCAGUUUGCAAAUAGGCAAUAAGAUUAAUUUUCUAAUGGUUUAUAUUUCUGUGUGUAUUUGAUGUAUACCCCCAUCCCCUUUUAAGUGUUUUUUUUGAAACACUGGAUUGAACAAUCAUUAAACACACACACACACACCGUGGCUGGGGGCGCCGCUUCGGGAUAGACGAGGGUCGGAGAGGAAACGGCCGGCGUUCACGCCUCCUCAGGGGGGCACAGCUCAGCAUAAAAGCCCUUUUGUAAUAAACCACCCGUAAAGCAGCAGGUUUAUCAUGAAUGAGUUUGAGCACCUACCUGUCGAAGGCGUGCGCGUUGGCGAAAGGGGGCGGGGCGGGCGUCUUUCAUGCGUGAAGCCGAGCGGUUUGACGUUCAUCCGGUCUGCAAAGUGGAAUAUCUGCCGUGCAUAGCAACGAACUCCAGUUCUGCUGUUGUGGAAAAGAUGAAGCUGUAUUGUUUUAUUUCCUGGCGUAUUUUCUUUCUUGUGUUUUUAAUUUGCUUGUAUCAAUCAGUGGGGACGUGCAUUCGGUGGUGUAGUUUUGUAGAUUUUUCCUUUGCUCGCCUGCAUGCCAGAUUAUAUAGUAAACGGAACAAACAAAAAAAAAAGUCGGAAUAAUAUUUAUUACGAUAAAGGAAAAAAGUAGAACUGCUUUUUUUUGGGUGUAAAUGUUGAUGACUGUUUUAGGCUAGCAAUAUCUCUUCAUGUGUUUUUAAAGGAUUCCCACACCAAUGUCAGUAAUGUAGUCAUCAGGCGAAGAGGCGGAGGGCUCCAAUCUUGUGUUGGGCGGGGGCGUCAUGUUCACAUUCAAACGAGGUACUUUCUUCAAACAUGCACCCCGCGUUGACGUAAGACGGAACCCAGCGCCUCUUAGCCCGGUUCCAGUGUAGUGAGCGUCCAUAUUGUCUCCUUCUUCCUGGUUUCUACCUGUGGCCAAGCCUCUCUUUCGGGGGGAGGGUUCUUCCCGUCUUUUUAACAAAUCUCAAAGGAGUUACCUCUUUUUAAAUAUAAAAGUCUCAACGAGGGGAGCAUGAAAUGAACUUCUAAAUUCCCUACACUUUGAUAUAUCACUAUCUUGAUGGACUUGCGGAGUUUUUGAGUAUUUUGUCUUUUUUUUUUUUUUUUCUCGAGCCGCACCACAGUUUUUGUUCUGUAAUAGCAGUACAAAGGAUUGGAAGGCUUGUUCAAUGUUCGGCCGCUCCAAUCCUUUCUGACCAGUAUAGUGGGGCAAGUUGUAGACCGUCCCAUGCGUUGGGCCAUUCUCACGGUAUUGCUAUUAAGAAAAAUGCUCCAAUACUUCUUGUUUUAGCCUGCAGGGAAAUAUUGUGUUCAUGUGCAAAGUAAUAAAGUGGUAUUUUAUGCCUCUAACAUUGA